ACUAAGAUCAUUUGGAUUGUGUUGACCGAACCCGUCGGGUUUAGAUUCGGGUUUCAAAAUACCGACAACCUCAUCACGCUGCUGCUAACGUACUCGUCUCUCUCUCCAUUGAAGACGGGAGACUCGAAGCUAUUCAUCUAGUCUCCAUAGGGCUCAGGUCUGUUUGUACACUAGAUUUUACAUACUCUCCAAGAAGUUACGCUCUUUCAUUUGUUGAGUUUCUUUGAGAGAGAUGUCUGGGAGGAAUCGUGGACCUCCACUUCCAAUGAAAGGCCCAUCUCAUGCUGGAUUGGCACCCAUUCACGAGCCUCCAUAUGGAAGGAAUCUAGGUCCAAUGCCUCAUCCUGCAUUGCUUGAGGAGAUGAGGGAAGCUCAAUUUGGAAUGGGUCCCAGACAACUCCCUCCUCACCCUGCUAUCAUUGAGGAGCGAUUAGCAGCUCAACAUCAGGACAUUCAAGGGCUUUUGGUUGAUAAUCAGAGGUUAGCUGCAACCCAUGUUGCACUCAAGCAAGAACUUGAAGCUGCACAACAUGAGCUUCAACAAACAGACCGUUUUGCUCGCAAUUUCCUCAUGGAGAAAGAUAUGCAGAUGAGAGAGUUGUAUGAGAAGUCAGCAAAAAUGGAACACGAUCUUCAUGGAGUAGAAGCUAUGCGUGCUGAGCUUAUGCAAUUACAUGCUGACAUCAAUGAGCUGACUUCUACACGCCAAAAACUUACUAGUCAAGUUCAGGGUAUGACUCAAGAUCUUGCUAGAGCUACUGCUGACUUGCAGCAAGUCCCAGGACUGAAGUCAGAAAUUGAUGGGCUUAGACAAGAAUUACAACAUGCAAGGGCUGCAAUUGAACAUGAGAAGAAGGGGCAUGCAGAGAACUAUGAACAUGGUCAAGUGAUGGAGAAGAAUUUACUCUCUAUGGCUCGUGAGCUUGAAAAAUUGCGUGCUGAGAUGGCUAAUGCUGAAAAGCGGGCCCGUGCUGCUGCAGCUGUAGCUGUAGCCAAUCAAAAUCCAGGAUAUAACCCAAAUUAUGUCAAUACUGAAGCUAACUAUUCAGGGAAUCCUUUCCCUGCAAGUUAUUCCAUGAAUCCUGUAAGUUAUCUCAUUUUCUUAGUUUCUUUCUUAGGGAUUAUUUCUUUCUGGGGCUCAAUUUUUUUUAUCAAUGUUACAAAUAAUCAGUUGCAGCCUGGAGCAGAAGGUUACCCUCAGUAUGGGCCUGGGCCUGGAUCUUGGGGAUCAUAUGAUAUGCAAAGGGCUCAAGGACACAGAUAGAGUGAUAGACUAUCUCAUGCUAAGAUGUGGACUCUUAUGGUACUUUGAAUUGAAGUGUACGUUUGUUUAAAAUGUUAUCUUAUAUAAGACCUUUAUUAAGAUUAUUAUGCAUGCUAUUUUGGAUAUUGUUGUUCUACAGCAAAUGCUAGCAGUUAAUUUGAACUCA